AUGGAUCCCGCUAACGCACCUCGUGCCCCUCUUUUCUUCGGCCUUCUAUUGGCCAUCUCGCUCCUUUCCGGCUUCCCCGCUUCACGCGCACAAGAGUUUCUCAGUUCUGCAUUUUCCUCUGAAGACCCAUCCAGCGCUCCCAACUCGUUUCUCUUCCCCACUUCAACCUUCACUCCCUCCAUAUCGCCCUCGGACUCCUCUUCGUCAUCCUCAUCAUCCUCCUCCUCUUCCUCCUCUUCCCCCUCAUCCUCUUCCCCGCACCUUUCAUCCACGCGUCAAUCCGGCAUGUUUCCCAACAGCAACGGCAGACAAACCACCAUAAACAGUCAAACCGACGGGGCUACAACCAAGCCCGUGAACCGCUUCAAGACGGGACCCAUCAGGCGGAGCCCGCCGCAAGCGCAACCGUCACCGAACCCAACCCCGAAUCCCUUCCCGCGACCCUCCCCCACGCCGUCCCCGAAGCCAAUCCCGUCCCCCUCGCCCAAGCCUCCCACCAUACCAACGCCCCAGCCGACAAUACCGUACCCAGUUCCGCCAGGGGGGGGUGUCUGGUCGGGGCCUGGACGCGGGGCGGAGUAUCUGAUAAAGCUUCCGCCGGUGCCGCCCCGCCUCCAGUUCAACGUGCGGCGCUUCGGCGCGAUGGGGAACGGGGUGAAGGACGACACUCGCGCGUUUGACUCCGCGUUCGCCGCAGCGUGCUCGAUCGGGCGCACGCGGAACGUGGCGACAGAAGUGGUGGUACCGUACGGGUGGUACGCAGUGACCUACCUGGAGAUGGAAGGGCCGUGUGGCCCGCGCUUUGUCUUCAAGCUCGACGGCGUGAUUCUCGGCCCAACAGGUCCGUUCGUGGCGCCGACGCGGGCUGCGGUGGUGUCGUUCAGCUCCAUCCCGUGGCUCAUCGUGUCGGGGCGCGGCGCGAUUGACGGGCGCGGCGCGAACUGGUGGCGCAUGUGGGAGGCGGGGCAGCUGAACGUGGACCGUCCGAUGCUCAUGACCGUGUACCGAUGCAACAACUCCGUGAUUCAGGGGAUCACGCUGCGUAACCCGGGCACGAUCCAUCUCAAGAUUUCGCGAACGAUAGGCGCCGUUGUGAUCAACGUGACUACAACGAGCCCCGCCAACUCGCCCAACACGGACUCCAUCCAUAUCUCCGCCAGUCGCGGUGUGACCGUAAAGAGGUGCACGCUGCACGGAGGGGAUGACAACGUGGUGAUUGAAGCGGGGUCUAACAGCGUGCGUGUGGAGGACACGUGGUGCAUUGCAGGCCACGGAAUCAGCAUCGGCAGCCUGGGCGACAUGGGGAGCACAGCGUGCGUGCAGAACGUGGUGAUCAAGAACGUCGUCCUAAUGGCGCUCUCCAACGGCCUCCGAAUCAAGACCUACCAGGGUGGAUCGGGCUCCGUCUCCAACGUGAGCUACCGGAACGUGUACAUGGUGAACGUCCGGAGGCCUAUAGUCAUCGACCAGCAUUACUGCGACCGAAACUCCGUGUCCCACUGCGAGGAAUCUUCCCAGCACGCCGUGGCCAUAUCCAACAUCUCCUACUCGAGGAUAAUCGGAACCACGGAUUACACGGAAGGGCUCUACCUCAACUGCUCGUCUACGGUUCCCUGCCGUGGCAUCACGCUGAAGGACAUCAACAUCACGUCGUCUGCGUCCUCACGGAUGCUGUUACGGCCCAAGAUUGCGCAUGUGUUUGGGGGGGUGCGCAGCGUGGUUGCGCCGAGACUUCUCCCGCAGCAGAUACAGUUGGGGCCUGUACCGUUUCAGGAGCAGGUGGCGGCACAACGCAUGGCCAGCCUCUGCCG